GUUGGUGAGAUCGGUGAAUAUCCUUGAUUCCUUUUUUUCCAUUGUGGUGAAUCAUAGACCACAACGACACCGAACCUAAGGAAGAAAAAAAGCGUAUCCCGAGGCACUACAUCAGAAUCCAUAGAUAUUUUGGCGUAGAAUACUUAUUUUCAUUUGUAUACCUUUCCUUUCGAUUCUCUUGUUCCCAGGAUAGGGAUCAAGGACAGGUUUGAUUCCUUUCCCAUUUCGUCCACCCUCUCAACUUCCGGGCGAAUAAGAAGCGGACCGCCACCACAACCCUUCUCUUUCUUUUUUUUUCUCUCUCUCCCUCUUUCUUUUUUUUUUUCAAGACCGCCUAUCCUUCAGAGGGGGAUGAGCAGUGAUUUCGAGCGCCUCGUCCUUGGCGACGGCGAGGCGGCACACCUGCCCAAGCCCUUUCCAUCCAGGGCUUCCGCCGAUCGCGGCAACGCGAACCCGGUGGAGAUUCCCAGCUUUUUACGUGACGAGGGGGAGGGGCUCACGCCGAAUUCCUCGCCCUCCGCGCCCGGGAGUGGCGCCAUCGGCCACACCGUCUUUCCCUGCGCGCCGCGUGGCGGGUCGGGGCGGGACCGCCAGGCCGCGGCGUCGCGCGUUUCCGACCAGACGGCGCCCUCCUCGACGACGCUCGCGGGGUCCUCGGUGGAGCGGCUGUGCUUCACGACCGCCGCCGGGCGGGCGUGGAAUCUGCGGCGGCAGAAAAUCCUCGGCAAAGGCAGCUACGGCUGCGCGACGCUGUAUCGUCAGGACGAGCCCGUGGGGCCCCCUCCGAGCUCCGGCUCGCGCGCCUGCACCGCCGCCUCGUCGUGGACGAUCGCGCCAGCGGAGGGGGGUUCUUCGGGGUGGCCGCCCGGGGAGACCCCGGCGCUCGUGGUGGUGAAGGAUAUCAACUUUCAAACGAUGUGCAACCGCGAGGAGGAGAUGGAAAACCUACGAAGCGAGGUCGCGAUCCUUCGCAGCGUGCGAGGCCACCCGAACUGUUUGCAGUAUCUGGAUUACCACGAGGCGAAUCGCAUGGCGUACGUCAUCACGGAGUACUGCGAGGGGCGGGAUUUGGGGUUCAUCCUGGAAAACCUCCAGCAGGAAGGGGCAGGGGGGGUUCUCCCGGCCUCCUGCGUGAUCGCCGUCGCCGGGGUGAACCACUUCACGGAGGCCUUCCUCGCCUCGAUGCUGAUCCAACUCAGCAUGGCGUUGUAUUUCCUCCACACGACGCGGCGGGUCUGGCAUCGGGAUGUGAAGCCGCAGAACCUCUUCCUCCUCGCCGAUCGCGCCACCCUCCGCGUCGGCGAUUUCGGCUCCGCGACGAAAGUCGGCGGGGUCGGCGAUAAACUCAGCGCGGCCUGCGGAUCGCCCUUUUAUAUGGCGCCGGAGCUCCUUGAGGAGCGGGGGUACGACGCGGGCGUGGAUGUCUGGUCCGCCGGCGUCGUCCUCCACGAGUUGAUGGCGCUCCGCCGGCCGUUUGAGGCGCGGACGGUCCGGCAGCUCCUCCCUCGCCUGCGGGAGGGCCCCCCUUCGCUGGAUCGCGGCCACUACUCCGCGGAGCUCCACGCGCUCGUGCGGUCGAUGCUCACCGUCCGCGCGGACGCCCGGCCGACGUUUCGGCGGAUUCUGCGUAGCCCCUACGCGCGCGCGCACCUCGCGGACCUCCCGGUGUCGGUUCUGCGCGAGGAAGGGGGAGGGGGGGGGGGGAGUUAUCGCGAGGUCUUCGGCGACGCGGCCGUCGCGGAGGCGAUCGCCACCGCCAUGGGGGGGGUUCGACCUCCCAAAGAAACCCCGGCGAACGCGGAGGAGGAGGCCCGGUGGAAUGCGGAGUACGCGGAUGACCCGUUCGAGGACGACGACGAGGACGGCUAG